GAUUGCGCAGUAAAUCUAUUCGUUGACUCUUAAACAGCAAAACUUUUAAAAUGGCUGAACAAGGCGAUUGGCGAAGCGAAGCAUUUCGCAGAAAAGUUGUGAUACAGAUUGAAGAAGCUAUACGCAAUUCCAACACUCACAUGAGUAAAACCAGUGCAGAAAUGGAGAACCAUGUGUUUAACAAAGCAAAAUCCAGGGAUGAGUAUUUGGCCCUGGUUGCAAGACUGAUUCUGCAUGUAAAAGAUUAUAAUAACCAGAAGCAGAAGAUGGCUAACAUGAGUGUCCCAAUGCAGAGCACGUCGGGAGCAAGUCUGGGUCAACAGAUGCCGGUAGGGGGCGCAAUGCAGGGGCAGCUUGUAUCAGACCCAAUAGGGGCCCUCACCAACAUGACCUUUAACCCACCCACCAUGCAGGGGCAGCAGGCACCAAUGGCCAUGGGUGUUGUAUCUGGUCAAACACAACAACUGCAGCAGCAACAACAGCAGCAGCAACAACAACAAAUGCAGCUUCAGCAGCAGCGACAGCAAGCUAUGAUGCAGCUGCAGCAGAACAGGAUGAAUGCUCAGCAGCAGCAGCAGCAACAACAACAACAACAACCAUUACAGCAGCAGCUUCAGCAGCAAUCACUGCAGCAACAGCAGUCUCAAAGUAUGCAGAUAAGGCCCCAUUUGACACGGCAGGAUGCUUUCAUGGUCACCACUGUACAGAGUGUUCAGCAGUCAACAGUGCCACAGAAUUCCCAGCCCACCACACAAAUGUCCAUUGGACACUCCUCAUUGGGAGGACUUAUUCACCCCUCCCCUGUGGGGCUGGCUAUGCAGGUAACACCCUGA